CGAGCCACCAGGUAAUGGCGUAGCUAGUGCUAUACAGGCCAAUGGUUUCCGUAGAAUCCGUUCUUAAUCAGGCUGCUUCUUAGCCAUCCGUCUUUUGUUUAUAUUUGCUUAUCUUCCUUAACCUUUACGUGGCCAGUUUGCCUGCUUUGCCCGUAGUAAAAAGCUUUAUUGACUCAAAUAAACUGCUUAGAACAGCCGCUGUCUCUUCCUGAAUCUCCGGAGUCCUUACCCAUGUGUAUAACGAAGGGAGGUUGUCGCUGCAGCACUAAUCGUUACAGUGGGUUUGUGGCAGUAUAAGCCAGCAUGGGUGCCUACAAGUACAUGCAAGAGCUAUGGAGGAAGAAGCAGUCGGAUGUCAUGCGUUUCCUUCUGCGUGUCCGCUGCUGGCAGUACCGCCAGUUAUCUUCCCUCCACCGAGCCCCACGGCCAACUCGCCCAGAUAAAGCUCGUAGACUCGGCUACAAAGCCAAGCAGGGGUAUGUUAUCUACCGUAUUCGAGUUCGCCGUGGUGGACGCAAACGCCCAGUCCCCAAAGGUGCAACCUACGGAAAACCUGUUAACCAUGGUAUAAAUCAGCUCAAGUUCGCUCGCAGUUUGCAGUCUGUUGCUGAGGAGCGUGCUGGUCGUCAUUGUGGUGGCCUGAGAGUCCUUGCCUCUUACUGGGUUGGUGAAGACUCCACAUACAAAUUCUUUGAGGUUAUACUUAUUGAUACUUUCCACAAGGCUAUCAGACGUAACCCAGACACCCAAUGGAUCACAAAGUCGGUUCACAAGCACAGGGAGAUGCGUGGGUUGACAUCAGCUGGCAAGAAAAGCCGUGGUCUUGGCAAAGGCCACAAAUUUCACAUCACAAUUGGUGGCUCACGUCGUGCUUGCUGGAAGAGACGCAACACUCUUCAGCUUCACCGUUACCGCUAAUUGUACUUGUAAAUUUGCUAAUAAAGUAAACAUUUUGGUGA